CGCGAAUAUGGACGAGGACAACUCUUCUGGCUGGCAACUCACCGAAUCUGACCCCGGUGUCUUCUCACAGUUACUGAAGACGCUGACCGUUCGACGCCAAUCAUCCCAAGCGGAGACCAUUCCGCUGCAGGUCGACGACCUGUACUCUCUGGAUCCAGACUCCUUGCGCGAGCUACAGCCCAUCCACGCGCUUAUCUUCCUUUUCAAAUGGGUCGCGCCCUCCGGUAACGAUCCUGCUAGCUCUACAACAGGCGGGACGUACGACGAUGCCUUCCCUGGCUUCUUUGCACAUCAAGUUGUAAACAAUGCAUGCGCAACCCUCGCCGUCCUAAACGCGAUAGGCAACAUCCCGGACGUCACCACGGGGUCGCAGCUCAGCGAGCUGUUCUCGUUCACAAGAGGGCUUGAUCCGCAGACAUGCGGCAUGGCCGUUACGUCGGUCGACUGGUUACGUGAAGCGCAUAAUGCACUGUCGCCGCCAUCUGCCAUCUCGCUGGACGGGCUCGAUCUCCCGAAAACUAGCGAAGACGCUUAUCAUUUUAUCGUCUAUCUCCCGUUCAUGGACACGGUCUAUGAACUGGACGGAUUGAAACGGGCACCGAUCAAUCACGGAGCGUACACGGAGGGCGGUGAAGGUUGGGUAGCCAAAGCCCGUGAGGUUAUUCAAGCUAGGAUAUCCACAUAUCCCCCUGGUUCUCUCGAAUUCAAUUUACUGGCUAUUCGGGAUGACCCGCUUCCCGGUCUACAAGCGCGGUUGACGGCGUUGCAGUCCAGCGGCGUCGAAUCCGAGGCUGCAGAAAUCGUGGUGAGAAUCGCGAACGAAAACACGAAGCGCGAACGAUGGGCGUUCGAAAACUCGCUGCGGAGGCACAAUCACCUCGGGCUUAUCCACGCGCUUCUGGACGCGCUAGCGAAGUCGGGACAGCUCGGCGCGGCGACGGCUGGUGCGAGACAAAAGAUGUCGGAAAGGAUAGCAAGGCGGGCAGAAAAGGGCGUCGGCAUGGACGAGGAUUGACCGAGCGCUCCGCUCUGCUGAGUCACCGAGGGCGCAUAUAUCCUACGUAUAAACUGGCUGUAUGCGUUGAGUAGAC